ACCAAUUGGAAGCCUCAAGUUGCGACUUAUGUAGCUGCAUUAUAUAAGCAGCCGCCAAGUGUCCCGUGACUGCAGCUCCGCCGCCAGCUUCAAGUUCGACCUGCGAUCAUCGAUUUCUCCGGCCAUUGUCCUUCUGACGACGAAACAGCUCAGCAACAACUACGAGAGAACUCGUUCGAGAUGCGUGCGACCCCAGCCUUGCGCCUCCAGGCCACCCGGGCCCUGCGACUACAAGCGACCAAGCCGCUGCGCGGUGGCCAGCACCCUGACCCAAAGAAUGGAGUAUACAUGGGAUGGUGGGGAGAUUUUGGCUCGCAACCUCAGAAAGGGAUCGUCACGUACACACUCUCUCCCAACAGAUACGACCCCUUGGCCGGAAUCGUGAAGAACGCCGUCUUCAACACCUACCGCCGCACGAAGCACCAAAUUCUAUACUGGCUGCCUCCGUUGGUGUUGGCAUACUUUUUGAUGGACUGGGCUGUUGAACAGAAUGACUACCUCAAUUCGAAACCUGGGCGAGCGGCGACCGCUGCGGAGGAGUAGAUGCUGCUUCGGAUGUUCUAGAGCGAUCAAAUAUUGUACAUAAGUCAACAAGCGGAAACAGAGUGCAAUUCACAACAAAUCGUCUCA